UCAUUGCACCGGGUAAAAGAUUUCUCCUGGACAUUUCACUCUCUGUGGCUACAGGCUCCAUGUUCAGUGCCAUUGUGCUGGUGUUUGGCUGUCUGCUGCAGAGGCAAACAGCGACCACAGAGGGGCAUCGUGGGACCAAACGCUAUGUCUUCUACGCUGUGGAAAUGGACGGAGGCAUCAGGGCGGCAAGAGCUCUGGCCGAGCAGCAUGGACUAGAGUUCAUACAACGGAUUGGCAGCCUGGAGGGACUGUUCACCCUGAGAGACAGCAGGGGGCGCCCUAGCAGAGCUGCCUGGGAGGAGAGCCUUGCAACCACAGCAGGGGUUCACUGGGUCCAGAGGCAGAAGAGGCACUAUAGAGACAAACGGGACCCUACAACAAGAAUGGACCGCAGCAGCGCUCACAGCUCCCAGAGGAGACAGAGUGUAACUGACAGGCAGCCUGAGGAGAAGAGGAGUGACCACUCCCUCACCUUCAAUGACCCGCUCUGGCCCAUGCAGUGGGAACUGUUUGCACAGGGUCAGUACAGCACUGCAUUUGAUCUUAAUGUGAUGCCUGUUUGGAGCAACAACAUCACUGGUAAUGGAGUUGUGGUCAGCAUCAUCGAUGAUGGUGUGGAUUACACAAACAAGGACCUGAGGAGAAACUAUGAGGCCUUUGCCAGCUUCGAUCUGCGUGGCUCACAUGGUCUGUCUCACGAUCCUAUGCCUCUCAGAAAUGAGGAGAACAGCCAUGGCACCCGGUGUGCAGGGGAAGUUGCCAUGGAGGCCAACAACUCCUACUGCGGCGUUGGCAUCGCCUUCAAUGCCAGGAUCGGAGGUAUCCGCCUGCUGGACGGCUCUGUCACCGACGCCAUGGAGGCCACGGCUCUGACCUUCAACAUCCACUUCAUCGACAUCUACGUCUGCUGCUGGGGCCCACGGGACGACGGGGCUGAGAUGGGAGGGCCGGGCAGCCUGACAGAGCAAGCCCUCCGGCUAGGAACUCGCAAGGGCCGAGGUGGGAAGGGCAGCAUCUUUGUAUGGGCGGCAGGUAAUGGUGGGAUGCACAGUGACCACUGCGGUGCAGACGGCUAUGUCAGCUCUAUCUACAGCAUCGCCAUCGGCGCUGUCACUCAUACGGGGAAGCCCGCCUACUUUGGAGAGCCGUGUCCCGGAGUGAUGGCCGUCACUGUGACAGGGACAAGCGACACAGGCUCACUACCUCUGGUGACACUGACCAACCUGGGGGAUGGCUGUGUCACAUACUUUGCUGGGACGUCCAGUGCUGCUCCCAUUGCUGCAGGGAUUCUAGCGCUUGUCUUAGAGGCUAACCCUGAGCUGACAUGGAGGGACGUUCAGCAUCUGAUUGCCAACACAGCCAAGAUCCCCGACCCCAAAGAGUCAGGAUGGAGCAUCAACGCAGCAGGAUACCAUGUUCACCACAGGUAUGGCUUCGGAGUGCUGGACGCAGCGCUGAUGGUGCAGCAGGCCGUUCGAUUCAACACUGUGGCUCCGCACAGGAAGUGCACACAGGAAGUAAAGCUGCAGCCCGCCAGGAUCAUUUCUUCAGCAAGAGGGGUCAGUAUGACCAUCCAAUCAGAGGGCUGCCGUGGGACAGAUGAUGAGGUCAACACUCUGGAGCAUGCUCAGGUGAGGGUGAGCAUCAGUGCUGUGUGUCGCGGCGACCUCUCUAUAAGCCUGCAGUCUCCAUCCGGCACCAUGUCACUGCUGCUGGACACCCGGCCCAAUGAUGCCUCGGGCGCUGGCUUGAAGAACUGGACCCUGAUGACGGUCCACUGCUGGGGGGAGCAGCCACAAGGCCUCUGGAGCCUCCAGGUGACAGACCACAGAGGGACGGUGAGGAGCUGUGUGAGGCAGGAGGGAGAGGAGGCAGCCGGAGCCUUGCUCAGUGUUACACUCAUCCUCUAUGGCACCUACCACCCACACAGGACCACACAUGCGCUCCCUCAGCCGAGAAGGGCCAAGUCAGUCAGGCCGGUGACCAGAGGGACUGUGAUGUGUAAUUACAGCGUGACCCCUGGCAACCCCCGACUGCCCCUCCCCAGCCUCCCACCCCUCCUCCAAGAGGGACCCCUGCAGAGCGUUGUGUCCAUGGGGUCACGUCACCCCAUCCCUCAGCGCAGGGUGCACCUCAGGAACCGCAGCCCGCCUCUGGACCUGAUUCAGUGGGUCUACCAAAUGGAGAGAGACGGGAAGGUGCGCGCUGCUGAUAUCACCAUCCCGCUAAGACGCAAGAACACAAAACAACAGUUGCACCAUUUGCUGGAUUUGACCCAUUUGGACUUUGACGAUACCAAUGGGGCAGAGAUUCGUUCUCAGCUGCAAGACCUGUGGGAGAAUGUUGGUGACCGUAACUCUGCCGGAAACUGGGCCCUUGACCCAGCCCUGAUGUCCAAUACAGUUUUCCAGUUACAACGGACAGAAGUCAUGCCAUGGUCAUCCUUAGGAUCGAGACCUGCUGCUGCAAUCGAGGCUUUCAAGAUGAGGACUUUCUGGGACAACGUGGAUGGGAACACUGUGUCCUCACCAUCACAGAUUUCCCGGGAUGUUGUCAUGGAUAUAAAGGAGAUGCAACUCUUAAAGAGACUCCUUAGAUCCAGCGAGAGAAAGAGGCAAACAAGGCAGACAGGCAGGGAAAGGUAUAGGGAAGACCGCAGGACAGGCAGCAGGUAAGCAGUUGAAGUAACAAAUAUGAACCAUGGUCGAAUGAAGGGACUGUGCAGAUUGCAGUUUACCUAGUCAAGCAAACCAAGUGAUCAUGAAUCAAAUGCAUGGACAGUACUUUGACUGUGUGGCCUCAGAGCUGGCAGAGAUUAUUUAUUGUGGAUUUUAUACAGGGCUUUAAAACUCAAAUCUUUCUCACACAGAGAGAAACACAUGCAAUCACACAUAAAUCAUUCUUCAAAACAAAUUGUUUCAGGAGUUCGCAGCACCCCAGCUGCUUUCUCUGUGUGCGGCUAGAAGUUACAAAGGUUAGUGAAAGAUGUUUGUCUUUUUCCACUUCGUUGAAGGGUGAAUUCAGCUCAGUGCAAUAAGAAAUGGAUUACCCAUUCAUUACAGGGCUGUGUCACUCCUCAUUGAGUUGGACAAACAACAAAUUAAUUUCUAGCCGCCUAAUUUCUCUCUGUUCUCCACUGAAUUUCAGAUAACGUCAAAUUACUGAUCACAGCCAUGUGACCUCCCUCAACUUUUUAUCAAUUCAUUAAAACAUGCCACAACGGAGAUGCUAAAGAGGAAAUACUCUCCUUUUUUAAAGCUUGAUGGGCCACCAAGAUACUGUAUAUAAAAACAGUACUUGAUUCAAAUUAGGGUAUGAAAACAUCAUCCUGUAGCACAUUAAUGCCAGAAGAUAUUAUUUUGUUGGCAUUAAAAGUUCAGCCUAUAGCUUUUUACCAACAUUUUUUAUUCUUGUACACACCGGGGAGAGACCUUGGGGAUUCCGAACCCCCCAAAUGUCACAUGUCAAACACUUUGUUUUUCAUAUCAAAUAAAAGAUUUAAGUGUGAUUUUUGCUUCUCCACAGUCAAGUGCAGGUCUGUAGGAAGGGGUGUUUUUGUAAAGUAGCAGUAGUGUAUUGACAGGGCAGUAUUGAUGUUUCAAUUAGAACAGCGUUACAUAGUGCCGCAGCAUGGUAACACGGUGCAUCUCCUGCCAUCUGCUCUGCCUCCACGUCUGACGAACGAGGCACGUGGGGCUAAUCGAGCUGCACAUGAGCGAUGGGACCGCGAGAUCUAUCUCACACACACACACACACGCACACACACACAUACACGCACUUAUCCUAUACACACGUCCUUAUGCAGAAAGCAGGGGGAAGGACGAGGGAAAGCUCCUCGGCCCUGCUGUUUAGACAGCUCUCAGAAACCAGGGAAAGCCUGUGAUUCCUCCCCGUCUCCCUUCACAUGCGCUAUAGGAGCAGCCAACAGGUCUCUGACAAGGAACAGGGAAACAUACCAGAUGCAUGCGCUAAAAUUCUUCAAAAGCUCAUCUGACACAGACACACCAAGAAAAAAAAUCAAAAGGGAAUGGCUUCUGCCAGGUUUUCGCGUGCUGGGACGGUAUGAAAUAACAGCGUGCAUUAUGCCUGGCAUUAUUGCCUGCCAAACCACACGAAUCAAAGACCUCAUUGUGUGGAUUACCUCGUUAAUCUGUUGAUGCCAUUGAGUAGUAUUGCAGGUGUUAAUGUGCCAGGUUUUUUCCCCUUCUCUUCUCUUAUUGGGGAGGUGUAGCGUUAGGUUCGUAAUCUGCUUUAAAUGCUUUCUGGGGAAUGAGACAUGUUGAAACCCAGCCAAGAGAACUCUGCUAUCGUGAAGAGCUUUCUUUUAAUACAGCAUACGGUGGGGACUGGGGCUGCAGCUCGUGGUGCCAGUGGGGAUGAGCUAGCAAGCUACACGCCCCACGCCACUUGUUGAAAUAUAUGACUGUAUGAAUAAUGAAAGAGGAAAAGGAAAGUGAUAUGGCUAAACCAGUCCUGCGACGACAUCCAUCACAGAAAUGGCUUAUUGCUCUUCUUCUAUUUCCUCCUGCACAAAUCCCAAGUUCAGUCCCUCUUCACAGUGUCUGACCAAAGCUCAGCUCCACGGCUGCCUGUGUUGAUAGAAGAAACCACCGCCUUUUAGAGGUGAACUCCCAAACCAGUAGACAGAAAAAGAAAAAGAGAGAGAGAAAGAUAAAGAGGCAGAGAGAGAGAGAGAGAGAGAGAGAAAGACAGAGGGAGAGAGAUGGAGAAAGAGAGGUAAUCCUCCCUUUUUUCUGCUCACUGGGGUGGUCUCUUCAUCUAGAGCCUCAAAGAGGGACAGAAUACACCUCCCCGCUACAAUGGAGGGGACC